AUGGCCAAAGUCAUCAUCCUCAUGGCCGACUACGGGCACGACCCGACAGAAACCGCUGUGCCUUACACGGCGUUCAAGGAGGCAGGGUUCGACGUCGCGUUCGCGACCGAGAGCGGCAAGACGCCAAGCUGCGAUAGCCGCAUGCUUGAGGGCAUCACCCAGAAGAUCCUCGGCGCGACCCAAUCCACUAUCCAGCUCUACAAGGCCAUGGCCUCGUCUGCCGAAUUCACCAAGCCCCUCUCGUGGAGCGCGUCCGGAUUCUCCCUGGCGCCGUACAACCUCGUCUUCCUGCCGGGCGGCCACGAAAAGUCGGUGCGGCAGAUCAUCGACUCGGCGGCCGUGCACGCCCUGCUCAUCGACUACUUCCCGUCGACGGCCAAGGCGUCCGCGGGCGGGCAGGCGGCGGCCGUCGGCGCGGUGUGCCACGGCGUCAUGGUGCUGUCGGAGGCGCGGCGCAAGGAUGGCGAUGGACAGAGCGUGCUGCACGGGGUCACAACGACGACGCUGCCGGCGAGGUUCGAGCAGGUGGCGUUUUGGGGAACGAGGGCGUUCUUGGGGGAUUACUACAAGACGUACGGGGCGGGGAGCGACGACGUGGAGGACUCGGUUCGAAAGGCAGUUGGCGAUCCAUCGCAUCUGAAGAUCAGCCUCUCGCCGUCUCCAUUCGUGGUCGAGGACGAGAAAUUCAACUACAUCAGCGCCAGGUUCCCGGGCGACGUGCCGCUCAUGGCCGAGAAGAUGGUCAAGCUCAUAAGGGACCUGACGGCUGGAGAGCCUGGCAGGGCUGGUUCGGCUUAG